UAAAAAAGGUGAAGACGAUGAUGCCACAAAUAUUAAGAUUUUCUAUGUAUCAUAUGUAGGAAAUACAUAGUUUGUUACGUCUUCUGUUCAUGUGUGGAUUUUCUAGAAAGUAGCUUUAGAAAAAGAAUUUUCUGAAGACUUUUUUGACGAAUUGAUAGGGCAUACAAAAAAGUACGAUUUGAAAAUUGUUCAUCUGCAUUAAAAAGCGAUUUGAAUACAUUCUCUCCCGAAAUGAAACCAAUUUCCAUAGAAGAGACUGAAACUAAAAUCUACUUAAAGCGUUAUUGGAUCUUAUUCCUGUUCAGUGGUCUAGCAUUUCUAUGCAACUUUGGCUUUCCACAGUAUGUCUCUAUGGCAAAUGUGAAUACUUGUUACUAUAAGAUAUCGAAUGAAGCUCUAAACUGGACUGUUCAAAUGACAAUGCUCUUUUUUAUUUUAUUUGAAAUUCCCUUGUCAUUUGGCAUAAACUACGUAGGACUUCGUUGGACUGUAAUAGCUGGAUCAUUGGCUAACACUGCAGCCAGCGCUUUAGAUUUUGCUGGAUUGAAACCCAAUGGAUUUCCGUUCGUGUUACUCAACACAGUCUUUACUUCAACUUCCAACAUUUUAGUGAAUGUUCUUCCACCGAUUGUGGCAGCUGCCUGGUUUCCGAACAACGAACUAUCUCGUGCCUGUGCAACUGGAUUAUUUGGAAUGCAGCUGGGAUUUGCUGCUGGUUAUCCUUUUGCUCCUCUAAUAAUUUCAAACAAUUGUACAGAUACUGCUUCAAUCGAAGAGGGCAAAUUUAAAGUAGCUACAAUUCUUACCACAGCCAAUGUACUUUGGUUGAUAUUAAUAGUAUUGAGAAUGAUGUAUGGAUCAUUUCUAGCAUUUACUACUGUUUUGAAUAAUUUAAUUCUUCGCUACUUCCCGGAGAAAGAAGUUGAAAUCGGUUGGAUGGGCACACUAUUAAUGGUUUCUGGGCUGGCAGGAUCUAUGUUAGCCGGUUUUAUUCUAGAUUUUACCCACAAAUUUAGAGAAAUAACAAUACUUGCUUGCGUGAUGUCUUUGGUUGCUUUCAUCCUAUUCGCUUCGUUGCUUGUUUUGAAACAACUCUGGGUGACUUUCUUGACGAUAUCUUUGCUAGGGUUCUUUCAACUCAGUAUCGUGACAUUAGCAAUUGAAUAUGGAAUUGAAGUAACAUAUCCCGUUCCAGAAAUAGUCACUAGUUCACUGUUAUGCACAACUACAAAUGCUUUUGGAUUAUUAUUAACAGAAGCUUCAUCCAGAUUGUUAAAUGAAUUUGGCCAGUUACCUUUUUUGACUGCAAUGUCAACAGUCCUUCUCCUAAGUUCCAUUAUUCCAUUUUUCAUCACUUCGAAAUACAAAAGAAGUCUACAGAAUGCUAAUCAAACGCUAAAUGAAAAAAUAACUCAAGAAAAUAAAAGCAAAAUUUUACAACACCUAUCGUGAUUUGUAUACAGCGACUAUUUCUAUUGUAUUUAUUGUGAAUAUUCCGUUUUCCAUUUAUUAUGCAUAUUCUGUUUACUUCCAUUUAUUAUGUAUAUUCUGUUCAUUUCCAUUUAUUGUACUACUGUAUAUUCCAAAAUGAAAAAUAAAAACAAUCCUCGGUGGAAAAAAGGA